CAUGCAAGUCCAAAGCCAUCCAGAAAGAAAGAAAGAACGGAAGAAUGGAAGAACAGAAGAGACUAUAAAGGACCUGAGCAGCACGCACCGAGCGGAGUCGGUCCCUUACAGCCUCCCCGCCCCGGUUAAAGUACCUCGCUCUGGAGCGGACGUCCCGUAAUUAGGGAUGAUGGCUCCGACUUUGAUGGUCUCAGAAGCGCAGGCAAAGGGCGAACUGCCGGGGGAUUGAAGAAGAGAAAAGGAUGGAGAGAGAAGACAAAUUAAGAACAAGGCACGACACGGAAAGGAGGAAAACGAGAAAGACGGAAAUGAAGAAAGAAGACUUGAGAAGGAGGGAAGAGCAGAAUACAAAGAGGUAAAAAGCAUGAAAAGAACGCCUCCCGCCUCCAUUCAGUAUAGGGAACUGAAGGAAAAAAAUAGAAGAAAGUCAGACGAGAAAAGGGGAAGAAGGAAAGAAAGAAAUAUUUGCAAGGAAACAGCAGGCGAUAAAGAAAAAUAAGUAAAAGAAAAACCAGCACGGUGAGAGGAGCCGGCAGAGGAGAUGCGUGUGUCAGGGCAGAGGCUUGGGCGCUGUUUGGAGCGUGUGAGGCGGCGGAGCAGCGCACGGUGUCGCUGCAGGCUGAGGAAGGGCGUGUGGGCGGCUCCUUGGCGGUGCGGCGGAGAGCCCGGCUGUGAGCGCGGGGGGGCGGCUGGGGCCGGGCAGCGGAGCCGGUGCGUGCGGGCGGCGGCGGGAGCCGUGCGGGGCCCGUGCGGGGUCGGAAGGACUGGUCGUGUGCGGCGGCGAUGGGCGAGUGUUUGUGGGGUGCGGUGUUGGUGGCGGUGCAGGCGGCGUGGGCGCUGUGCUGGGGGCAGGGGCGGUACUCGGUGCCGGAGGAAGCGAAGGCCGGGACGGUGGUGGGCCGUGUGGCGCAGGACCUGGGUCUGGAGGCGGGCGAGGCGGAGGCGCGGCGGCUGCGGCUGGUGCCUGGGGGCCGGCGGGCGAGCGUGGAGGUGAGCGGGGCGAGCGGGGCGCUGGUGGUGAGCUCGCGGCUGGACCGGGAGGAGCUGUGCGGCAAGAGCGCGCCGUGCGCGCUGCGGCUGGAGGUGCUGCUGGAGCGGCCGCUGCGCGUCUUCCACGUGGAGCUGGAGGUCACCGACAUUAAUGACAAUGCCCCCAUCUUCCCCGCCGCCCGAAAAAACAUCAGCAUCGCGGAAUUGUCUGUGGUGGGGUCUCGUUUCCCACUGGAGGGCGCGUCAGAUGCAGAUAUUGGAGCGAACGCGCAGCUCUCCUACACACUGAGUCCCAACGAACAUUUCUCUUUGGAUUUACAAAAAUCAAAUGAGCGAAAUAUUGUUCCCGAACUUGUUUUAAGGAAACCUCUGGACCGGGAGACGAUGCCGGUGCACCGGUUGUUGCUGACGGCGAGUGACGGGGGCCGGCCAUCUCUGACAGGGACGAUGGAGCUGGUGAUCUCGGUGCUGGAUGCGAACGACAACGCGCCCCAGUUCAACCAAUCGGUGUAUAAAGUGCAACUACCAGAGAACGCUUCAGUGGGGACGCUGGUGGCACGGGUGAACGCCACAGAUGCAGAUGAAGGAAGUAAUAGUGAAGUGACCUACACUGCAACCAGCUUCAUUCCGCCGAGUGGAAGAGAUGUGAUUUCCAUGAAUCCGAAGACAGGUGAGAUUCACCUGACGGGUGCUCUGGACUUUGAAGAAGUCAGUAUAUUUGAUUUCCGUAUAGAAGCGAGAGACCAAGGGACGCCCCCGCUGUCGGGUCACUGCAGCGUGGAGCUGGAGGUGCUGGACGUGAACGACAACGCGCCGGAGGUGCGGGUGACGUCGCUGUCGGUGCCGGUGCCCGAGGACGCGUCGCUGGGGACGGUGGUGGCCCUGCUGAGCGUGUGGGACCGGGACUCGGGGUCGAACGGUCGUGUGCGGUGCUGGGUGUGGCCGUCGGGUCCGUUCGUUCUGGAGGCGACGUUGUCGGGGUCGUACUCGCUGGUGCUGCGGGAGUUGCUGGACCGGGAGCGGGUGUCGGAGUACGAGGUGGAGGUGCGUGCGGAGGACGGCGGUUCUCCGUCGCUGGGCGCCCGCGUUGGGCUGCGCGUGCCGGUGUCGGACGUGAACGACAACGCGCCGUCGUUCGCGCAGGCGGUGUACACGGUGCUGGCGCGGGAGAACAACUUGGCGGGCGCGGAGCUGGCGCGGCUGUGGGCGCGGGACCCGGACGGGGCGGGCAACGGGCGCGUGAGCUACUCGUUGUGGGAGGGCGCGUUGGGCGGGGGGUCGGGGUCGUGGGGGUCGGGGACGUCGGGCUCGGUGGGGGGUGUUGCGGCGUCGAGCUACGUGUCGGUGGAGGCGGAGAGCGGCGUGUUGCGGGCGCUGCGGCCGCUGGACUACGAGGAGGUGCAGGUGCUGCAGUUCGAGGUGCGUGCGGUGGACGCGGGGGAGCCGUCGCUGUGCGGCAACGCGACGGUGCAGCUGUUCGGGGUGGACGAGAACGACAACGCGCCGGCGCUGCUGCCGGCGGCGGGCGGCGGGUCGGAGGCCGGGUCCGUGUCGGGGGAGGCGGGGACGCUGUGGGCGUGGGCGUCGUGGGGUUCUCCGUCGGGUCAGGUGGUGGCGAAGAUCCGGGCGGUGGACGCGGACUCGGGCUACAACGCGUGGCUGCGCUACGAGCUGUGGGAGCCGCGGGGCAAGAGCGCCUUGUUCCGCGUGGGGCUGUACAGCGGCGAGGUGAGCACGGCGCGGGCGCUGGAGGAGGCGGACGGGCCGCGGCAGAGGCUGGUGAUCGUGGUGCGGGACCACGGCGAGCCGGCGCGCUCGGCCACGGCGACGCUGAGCGUGUCGCUGGUGGAGGGCGGCGAGGCGGCGCUGGCGGCGGCGGCGGGCUCGUCGUCGCUGCUGCCGCGCUCGUUGGCGGGCGGCGAGAGCGGCUCUGGGCCGGCGGCGGCGGCGGCGGCGGCGACGAACGUGUGGCUGGUGGUGGCGAUCUGCGGCGUGUCGAGCCUGUUCCUGCUGGCCGUGGUGCUGUACGGGGCGUCGCGCUGGGCGCCGCGGGCGGCCGUGCUGUCGGGGCCCGGGCCCACGACGCUGGUGUGCGCCAGCGAAGUGGGCAGCUGGUCGUACUCGCAGCGCCACAGCCGGAGCCUGUGCGUGGCGGACGGCGCGGCCAAGAGCGACCUGAUGGUUUUCAGCCCCAACUUCCCGCCGCCGCCCGCUCCCGCUUCAGAAAGCGGUUCUGCUGGGACGGGACCAUCUCUUUCUCCUCUUACUUCAAUCGUGCCCAAACACCCCAACCCGGACUGGCGCUAUUCUGCAUCUCUGAGGGCAGGAAUGCAAAGUGCUGUCCAUAUGGAGGAGGCAGCAGUCCUGCGUGGAGGACCAGGAGGGCCUGAUCAGCAGUGGCCAACAGUCUCCAGUGCUACAGCAGAACCUGAGGCGGGAGAGGUGUCCCCCCCAGUGGGAGCUGGUGUGAACAGCAACAGCUGGACCUUUAAAUUUGGACCGGGCAAUUCCAAACAAGGUGGUCCUGGUGAGUUGCCAGACAAAUUCAUUAUCCCGGGAUCUCCUGCAAUCAUCUCCAUCCGGCAGGAGCCACCAAACAGCCAAAUUGACAAAAGUGACUUCAUAACCUUUGGCAAGAAGGAAGAGACCAAGAAAAAGAAGAAAAAGAAGAAGGGAAACAAGACUCAGGAGAAAAAAGAAAAGGGCAACAGCACCACUGAGAACAGUGACCAGUGAGGGGGUUAUACUGAAAGAACCCACUUAGCCAGUUUUUGUAAUAAUGGCAGAUUUCUCCUAUGUAGCAACUCCCAACUUCUUCCUACUGUUAAAAAAUUUCCUGUAUGUACAGACUUGAGAAAAUCAGCAGGAAAUUCAGUGUCUGUCUAAAUUGCUUAACAGGUUUUGUCUUAAAAGCUUUAUUAAGUCUGGUGUUAACUCUUUUUCUCCACUCUGGCUUGUUUUCAGAAUCUAAAAAGCAGACACAAGUUUCCUUUCUCCUACGCCGAAAAGGAGAAUCUUCACAGUACAGCCAGUGAGAGGUUGGACUCUGCACUGUGGUUCCUGUGCUCCUGUCUUGAUGACACUUACAGGACAGGUUUAAAAGUUUUAAUGUUGUGCACCCUCUAUCUGAUUGGAAAUCUUUGUGUGCAGAUGUCAGUUAGGUGAUACGAGAUCAGAUUAUAAAACGCAAGAAGAGCUGGUAAAUAUGCAGCAGAGGAAACACCUAAUGAACACAAAUGUUCAAAGAUGUUCAGGCUGGGGAGAAAAUACCUGAAAGGAGAUGAGCAGACUUGUCAAAUCUGGAGAAGUCACUGUGUGGAAGUACUGAGUCCUAUACAUGACGUAUUGUACACACUGCUUUAAAUGAAACCUCACAUUUACAGCUCUCUAAGAUACCAUAAAUUGUAUCUAUUUACCAAGCAAGCCAUUGGGAAAAUUGUCCCUUAAAGCCCUGCAUUACCCUGGCAAGACCAGCCCUCAGAGUGUAAGAAGGGCUGGGCUGACAUCCCAGGAAUGUAACUGUGAUGCUCUGUGUCCCUAUUUCCACUCUAACAUUAUUUUGCACAUUAUGUCUCUGAAAAAGUCAGAGUUUUUCCACGACACUUAUGCAAAAGAGAGAAAAAAGAAACGUUAACUAUGCUAUUUGUUAUUUGAGAUAUUUAUUUAUAAAGAAAUAUAGCUGUAAAUGUCAAAGAAAUAUGAUGCCCUUUAACCCAAACAGAAGUCAAUCUAGAGCCAUUAUAAAUUACAAUUGCUGCUAUUAAAGUGCUUUAGAAAAAUUGCCUGAAACAUCUGUAUUAUAUCGGCCACUUGCCAAUAACAGCUUUAUUCUGUCGGGUGACUUGAGGGCUGCCUCUUGCAUGUAUUAAUAAAUACAAGAAUAUCUUCUCUUUUUUUUUUUUUUUCAUUAAUCUGCACUUUGAAUACACCUUUGCAAACAAACUGUCCUAAUAUGAAGAAGCAGAAGCAAACUCCUCACACAAAUGGAUUUAUUAACCUGCUAGCUCUGUGCAGUACCUUGGUGUUACCUCCCACACAACCUUUUCUGAUUUUAGUUCAACUUUUCUAUGAGAUUAUGAACUUCUGACCCUACUAACACCCCCUAUGUAAAAUUCAAGUACUGUAUGUAUGCUGUAUGCUCUUAUAAGAAUCCUGAAAUAUUUAUUCUGUGCUUGUGUAUGUGAAUGUCAAUGCAACUAUUAUUAGAGUGGACUUUAAGCUUUACCGUUGAAUGUAAAUUCAUUAUUUCUUUUUUGUACACUUGUGAAAAAGUGCAGUAGUGUUAAUUUUUUUUAAGCCACUGUUGAUUAUCAGUUCUUUUGUGUAUGAAACACAAGUAAAAUAUCUUUCUUAAACCAAGCCAUGCAUGCAUUUUGGGAUUUAUUGGUAAGAAUCUGUGAAGCUGAAGUUCUGUGAAUUAAACCUGAGGGUAUAAAUGGAGUGUUGAAUGUGGCUGAGGAUGUUGAUAUAAAACCAAUACAUGUAUUUUUAAAUAGAAUAUGGCUGAUGAGGGAAUUCCAAGGAGUUUUCUACAUUAUUGUACAUUCACAGAAUAAAGCUCAAGUGUCGUGUUAAUUGGAACUGUGUAAGAAACUACAUAGCUCUGAAAUUUCCAACAGGCCCUUUAAUCUAGGAUCAAAGAGAACAACUGGAUUUCUUGAGACAUGUCCUGGAUGUUUUAAGUUUCCAAACUGCUGACAGUUCAGAAUAGAACAAUUCCUAUUCAUUUUUAAGAACCUGCAGCAAGUCUUAAAACAUCACAGAAAAGCUCUAAUAAAAGAAUUCAUAUCUCAAAGCAUGAACCACCAAUGGCCUCAUGUGGUCUAUUUAGAGUUUUCUUUUGCUACCAGUCUUGUUUUACUGACAAUAAAAAGGUGCUACUUGUGAAA